UAUAACGUGAGGGCCAAUGAGUUGGCACUCCAGAGGAACACCAAAUCGCUCCGAUGUCUCGUCUACUUCUUGGACGACACCCAACACGUCUUUGAAGUUGAUAGACGCGCGAAAGGCGAGCAUCUCUUGGAUCUGGUGUUCCGACACUUGGAGCUCAUUGAACGCGACUAUUUCGGCCUCCAGUUCACCGAAACCAUCGCCCACUCCGGCCAAACCAAUCAGGUCAGUCUCGCUGCCCCUCAGGCCACGCCCACUCACCCCCGACUCCGCCCCCAGCGAUGGCUCGACCCCAAUAAGCGGCUGAGGAAGCAGCUGAAGACAUCGCGCGCUCCGCACCUCCUCUUCUUCAAAGUCAAGUUCUACGUCACGGAACCGGCGCGUCUUCUGGAGGAGUACACGCGUUACCACUUCUUCCUGCAGAUCCGCAAAGACAUUCUCAGCGCAAGACUCAUCGCCCCGACGCCCGCCCUCGCGCUCCUCGCCUCUUACGUCGUGCAAUCCGAGUUGGGCGACUUCUGCGCCGACGACCACAAGACUGGAUACAUCUCUGGCCUCAAACUCGUUGCGAACCAAACGCCGGAAUUCGAGAAAACGGUCGCAGAUAUGCAUCGUUUACAUAGAGGCGAAACG